AUGAAUGACAACAAGAGGCAAAAAGUCGUGAUACUGGGCUCCGGAUGGGCGGGAUAUAGCUUCGCCCGCACCCUCGACCCAGCCAAAUUCGACCGCAUCGUCAUCUCUCCCCGCGGUUACUUUGUCUUCACGCCUCUUCUGGCCUCUACGUCCGUCGGAACACUCGAAUUCAGAGCCGUGCUCGAGCCUGUCCGGCGUCUACCCGGAGGCGUGCGCUUCUACCAAGGCUGGGCCGACGAUGUCGACUUCUCCCAAAAGGUCAUCCGGGUCGAGGCCAAUGCCGUCGACGGCCUUCCCAGUGAACUGCAAUCUUCAACGGUACCUGUAAAGAAGGAAGCAGUCAAGAAGGAAGCGGCCAAGAAAGGCGAAGUCUUUGAUGUCGAGUAUGACAAGCUCGUCAUCGCCGUGGGAGCCUACAGCCAGACCUUUGGCAUCCCCGGGGUGAGGGAACAUGCACAUUUCCUACGAGACGUGGGCGACGCGCGACGCAUCCGACUACGAGUCCUCUCCCUCUUCGAACAGUGUUCAUAUCCGACUCCCGCCGACAGCAGCGACACGCAUGUCGCAAAGGGCUCGCUCUCAGAGGCCGACAAGCGAUCGCUGCUUCACUUCGUCAUUGUCGGCGGCGGUCCCACGGGGAUCGAGUUUGCGGCAGAACUGCACGACCUGAUCCACGAGGAUCUGAAGAAGCUGUAUCCCGAGCUGGUGCCGCUGGUCCGCAUCACGGUGUACGACAUCGCGCCCAAGGUGUUGCCCAUGUUUGACCAGGCGCUGGCGCAGUAUGCCAUGGAUACGUUUGCGCGGCAGGGCAUCCAGGUCAGGACUGAGCACCACCUGGAGCGCGUGAGGAUAGCUGAUGGACUUCUCGGGAGUGCACACGGUGGGAUGAGCAUCAAGAUCAAGGAGUACAGCGACGAGGUCAACGCCGGGCUGGUCGUCUGGAGCACGGGGCUGAUGCAGAAUCCCUUUGUGGAACAUUUGGUCGGCAAAGAGUUUGCCGUCGCCCAGGACAAGGAGCUGCAGAAGCCAGAAGACGCUCGACCUCACCGUCUCGUGAAAGACGCCAAAACAGGCGGCAUCCUCACCGACGCUUACCUUCGUGCUCGUAUAACCGACAGUGAAACCUCACAACCUCAUGACGCCGCCGCCGCUGCCGGUGGCACAUCAUCAAAGCCCGUCAUGCCCGACGUCUUCGUCAUUGGCGACUGCGCAGUCAACGAGGGCGACCGGUCGCUCCCGAAAACAGCACAGGUAGCCGCCCAGCAGGCCGGAUACCUCGCCAAGCAGCUCAACAAGGCGACGCAAAACGGCUCGCUCGACGCGGUCGACGUCGGCAGCGCCUGGAAGCCGUUCAAGUUCCGCAACUGGGGCACGCUGACCUACCUCGGCGGCUGGAAGGCGAUUCACCAGAGCUCUGCCGACGAGCUGCGGGGAUGGGUUGCCUGGGUCGUGUGGCGGGGGGCGUAUCUGACGAGGAGCAUGAGCUUGCGGAAUAAGAUGAUGGUGCCCGUGUAUUGGUUCGUGUCGUGGGUGUUUGGGCGGGACAUUUCGCGGUUCUGA